AUGUCAGCAAGAGGCCACAAUGCUCUGAGGGGCUCCCGAGCACUCUUCAGACCUCUGAGCUAUGCGCGUCACAGGGACAUGAUCAAAGAAGAGCCGGGGCAGACGCAGAAGCCAAAGGAAAAGCGAACAACAAGGCCCUGGCCAACUGGUGUACUGGUACCAGGAGCCAAAGCAGCACGUCUGAUUCCUGCAGACCAAAGUGCCAAGUGUACCACUAUAAGAAUCCCGAAUACCUCCACAGCGUUUUCACAAUGGCCGACGCUCAACAACUUCAAACCAGCGCUACAACCACGAGCCAAUGGAACUAUACCUCCUGGCGCAAGCAGUGGCGUUCAGGCAACAGUCGACACCGACAUGGAGAUGGCGAUUCUUCCUUACUUGUACAACGAUCUUGGUGUGCUGAUCUUUGAAGGCCCCAAGUGGGAGCAGGUUAGAAUUAUGUCAAAUAUCCUUCAGAGCGUCGAGUGUGAAGAGUGUAGACUGCCGAAAAGAGAUUGGACUACAGACAACACAUUAUUCGAGGUGAAUUAUGACAAGUGGAACGUAUAUCGUCUAAAGUUAGAUCCAUACAAACACAUCAAGACCACUUUUCAGGGCCGCAGAAAGAAACGUAGCAUAACACCCAAUGGACUGUAUAAUCUUACCAAUACUGCGCUUAAAAAAUGGAAAGCGGAUGGGAUAGGAGGACCUGUGCCUGUUGGAACUGUGCCUGGUUCUGUCAAGAUGUACAUUGUGAAGCACGUUGACGGGCCAGGACUGGCGAAUGAUACCAUCAAUGGAUCGUAUCUACCACAACUGCAUGUCUACGUUGCGACCGGGAUUCGGGGCAACACAAUCUACAUGAGUAUCGAGUUUCACACCGUUGGCACAAGGCGCUUGGUCGGCGUCACAAAUCUCAAACUCAGACCGACCUUCGAGUCCUCAUCCACCAAAGACACGACCGAGAAACCCCCUCAAGGGGUUGAUAGAAAUACCGAUUUCGGCCAAGAAUUCGCCUCUGUCGAGGAGAAGACGGGGGCCGGUGGGAAAGCAGAUACUUGUUCCCUGAAGCAAGCAUCUCAGCCUCCACCAACCUAUUCCAGAAGCAUGGAAGCUCCGUGGGAGCUUUACGAAAAGCUGGUACCAAGUAAUGCACGCCGCAACAGCGAGUUAUAUAGACGAGCGAUGUUCAAGGUAUACAAGCUGGAGUUCAAACUCUGGGCGCAGAGGAGGAGGGCUCUCAAGAAGCAAAGAAAGGAAGAGCGAAGGACUAGAAGCUUUACCAAGAUGCACAAGAACAGGUUGGCGGCCGUAGCUCAAAUAGAAGAAAAGUAUUUAGAUGCUGAUGGAGAAGCUUAA